CCUCUUCCCCCCCCCCCGACAUGUCUAAAUUCACGUUCUGGAAGCGCCCGGACGGCCAGCCCGAGUCUCCUUCGGAGCCCCUGGAGUAUUACACCCGGGCCAGCGGCCGAUCCAGCCUCAGCCGUCGAAGCCGCACCCCCGCGGCUCCACCGGGUUCCUUGCGACGCAAGCGCCGUUUCCUCUGUCUGCAUGGCCGGGGCACCUCGGCUGAUUUUAUGGACUUCCAGCUCGGGAGCCUCAAGUCCAUCAGCCGAGAUGACAUGGAGUUUCACUUCAUCAACGGACCCAAUCAAACCGAGCCCUUCGACGAUCCCUUCAUCAUCGAGAACUUUGCGUCCCAUGGCUUCUACUCCUGGACCGAUCCAAGCGAGAAUGCCCAAGUGGCCGUGUACGAGGUCAUCAAAAAGGCGUCGCUCCUGGCUCCGCUCGACGGAAUCAUCGGAUUCUCACAGGGAGCCGCUCUGGCCACGUACAUGACGGCCCUCUCCGAGAAGGGCGAUCUACCAAAACUCUGGAACAUGGUUGUGUUGCUCUGUGGAGUCGAUCCGCCACAAGAAUGGUUUGCCAAUGGCAUCCUCCCGACCGGCAAAAUCCUCACACCCUCGGUGCAUGUCCAUGGCUUGGCGGACCCAUACUUGUCAAGGUCAAAGCUUUUGGCCGACAUGUACGAGCGCCCCGUCGUCUUGAGUCACGACCAAGGCCACCAGGUCCCGUUCAAACUGCCUUUCAACCAGUCGAUGAAGGAGGCCAUUAUCCAGGCCAUCCCAUCCGCUCGGCCCUAGCCAGACCCGGCCAUUAUGUUUCUGUGAUUCCUCUAUCGAUUGCUUUAUUCCCUCCAAGGGAGGACGGUGCUUGCCAUUUCCCUGCUUCAUG